CCGGCGUCAGUUGGCGCGCGAUAGCUGUUGUGAAUGGUCGCGUAUUUUGUUUUGAGGUUAUAAAACUUGUUCCGCGUAAAUCACGCCCUAUUUUCAAAAAAGUGGUGUUACAACUUUUUAGUGUCGUUAAUAACUGUGUGCUAUCCAGUGUACGUGAUUAUUUUACUAUUAUAAUUCACCAGCGGGGUCCAAGAAGCCGGAUUUAAAGGACAAAAGGCGCAGCCAUGUUAAUUACAGCAGUGUUGGAGCUUUUAUAAAACCUAAAAAGAAUACAAUGGAAUCUCCAGUGAGAAUAUGCAUUGGUGCAGCAAUAGUUGUAAAUCUACUUUUAAUAUGCACAUUAGUGAAUGGCGGACCUCUGUCACAUGAAGCGAGUUCAACGACCAUUAAAGAUGAAAAAACAACAAAAUAUAGUCGAAUGAACAGCACGUGGACGACAAAGAAUCAACCCAAAACACCUGACGUAGCACUGAAUGAAUUACAUCCUAAAGAAUCCACAUCGGAAGAACAUACAGAAAAGAAUGCAAAAUAUAAAGACAGAGGAAGAGUUAAAUUCCAAUCUCAUUUAAAAUCUACCUCAGAAAGUCCGUUAAGAAGGAUAAAAUCAUCCACUGAACCAACAAAAUAUGUUUCAUCAACGACUGAAGCAAUGAAAUCAGCCAAAAUUGCUAACGGCAUAGGAAAACCUAGAGAUAAGAAAUCACCAGAAGUAUCAAGUUCUACUACUACCAGUACAACCUCAGAGGAGGAGGAGAUAACAGAAAGCGACGACAUGCAGGAAAUGAAUGAUUCCCAAUUAGCUGAGGCUGACGAAGAUAAUAUUUUCGAUAGGUACACUUCUAGCAAAUUCCAAGAUAGUUUCAAUCUCCCCGGUUACAACGACGAUGAUAGUUAUAAAGACAAAAUGUAUAGUCAAACAAAGCAUGAAUUUAGUAACUUUGAUAAAGUAUUAAAACAUUUUUCAAAAAAUAUGUUCGACUCCAGCGAAAACGAUAAUGUUCAUGGAGACCCAUACAACUCGCACAGCUACUUCGACUUCGAAGCUGAUCUUACUACUCCCAGAAAUGAUUAUUUCGAUCAAAAGUAUGCCGAUAUAUCGUCUAGUAUUAUGAAUAAUCUAGCUUCUGUCAAAACCAAGUCUCCGGAAAUGAAUAGUACCACUCCCCAAGACAUUAUAACAGAGAAUAUUGGAUUUGAGAAAUUAAGUAAUGGGUCACCGAACAACAAAUCAAUGAUGAUAAUUAAAAAUACCAAAGAAAUACGUCGAUUGGACAACGAUCAGGCCGGUACGGCCAACAGAGAGUUAUCUGAUAUUCAUGGUACAAGUAUUUAUUACGAAAUGUCUGUACUGUCAACGGAAACUUACAAUAUAAACCAUUCUGAUGAUUAUGAUUGUGAUAACGAUACUUUGCCUGCAGAAACUACUAUGAGCACUUCCUUGCAAGAAGAAGACGAGUCAUUGACAGCUGCACAACCUGUUAUGGCUACAGCGUCCUCUAUGCCGGUCACAAUAACUGCAAUUCCUGCAAUAGUGUUACCAAACGUCAUUCCGAAUUCAUUAAACACAAUAAUACCAAUACAAGAUUCGAACAUUCCAAUUUCUUCUCAAAACUAUGUCAGUAAUACAGAAAGAACAGUCAAAGUGAGUCCUAGAAACCGUAAUUAUUCGAAACGCCUUAAUUUAACAGGAAACAAAGUUUCUCCUAAUAGCGUAACUCCUCAAACUAUUCCAACUAUGAAUUCAGGUUGGAGACCGGUGACUCAUAAAUUUUACUUUACGACACCAAAAAUUAAACCCAUUUGGAUAGCUCCACGACGAAACAUUAGUAAAGUAUAUAAAACAUCUUAUCCAACAACGAUUUACGCAGAACAUUUUAAUAUUAAAGACAAGUAUUCAACCACACCUCGUCCAAUGACACCACAAAAAACAAUUUUGACAACUUUACCUUCAGAUAUAGAUCCGGUAUUACAAAGUGAUGUUAGUGGUGUCGAGAAAUUUGUUCAGUCUCAAAUAAUAACUGAUAAUACCAUACCUACAUUAUCGAAAAGAGGUUCUAUGAAGUUUACUACAUCGGUACCAUUAACUGCAAAUAACACUGAACAUAAAGAUCCAACCAAUAUUAUUGGAACCAGUAAAGAGGCCGCAAGCAAUUCUAUAACACUUACAAAUUCAAGUAAAGAAAUUGAAACUGUAGACGAAGCCGGUACUACAGCUAGUAUUAGUUCUGCAAGUCAAACUCAAUUCGUAAAUAAAAUUAGCAGUACGGAUGAAAAUACACCGAGCAAAAUUAGUACAGUAAAAACUAUAACUCCGAAUUUAAGUGUUUCACUUGAUGAAUCAAGCACUAUAGAUAAAACAGGAGAAAUGGAUUCAAUUGAUCCUCUAAUUGCAACCACAAAUUCAGAAAGUGAUAGUACAGAAGAAAAAGAUUAUCUUAGUCAAACCGGAACAAUAGGUAAUUCUAGUGCGACAUCAAAUGAAUCUGUUCAACCGAGUCUGUAG